CACCUGGCAGAUUAGACUCUUUCAUAUUAUUUCCAUUUCUUAAUUGAAAAAUUGAAACUUCGAGAAGAAAGAAACUAAAUUGAGAGAUACCUGAAUUGAACUACCGAACUAAAGCAGAGAGUCAAAGUGAGUCCAGACAAGAGAAGAAAUGUUGCUUUGACUUCGAGCAGACACGGAAGCAAGACACGGCGAGAUCACCCACCAACGAACGCGAGACACGGGGAGGAGCAGAGCAGUAGCGACGGCGCACAGUGAGGAGCAGAGAACCAACGACGGUGCACGAUGAUCAGAGAUAGGGACCACAGAGGGAGAGGAAUAGAGAACCAGCGACCUGGUAGAAGGAGGCAAGAACCCUAGCAGAGCCAAAUGUCUCGUCUCUUUUGAAACUAUGAUUAAAAGAAAAAGGAAGAAUGUGUAAAAAGAAAAAAUACAGGGGUAAAUGUUUAAUUAUAAAUUCUUCUAAAAAUACAAAAACGGGGUGCUAUUUAUAAAUAUUUUUAUGAUGGUUAACGUUACUCCCACAUAAAAGUAGGAGUAACGAAUCCGUAGCCUCUAAAAUAAUUUUGUACGAACCAACCUUGUUAAUCCAUUUAAGUACUAGUACUAUUUAUUUUAGUUCCAUGCAGCAUGGAAUUCUCCUCCAGCUACAACAAACACACACAAUCAAGAGAAAAACCAAAGAGGCAGUGUGCGUUGGUCACUUCUUCUUGAGGGCUUGUUCAAAGCCUCUAAUACAGAAUGGAGGAAAGGAAGUUUGUAUGCAAGUAUUGCAGUAAGAAGUUUCCUUGUGGCAAGUCUCUUGGGGGUCACAUAAGGACUCACAUGAUGAAUGAACACUCUCUAUCAGCAACAAUGCCCUAUGCUAAUAUCAAUUCAUCUUCUUCUUCUUUAAUACUCGAGUUUGAAUAUCCUAACAGGAAGAGGAAGCACGAUUUCUUGGCAACUAAUGGUUCUAAUUCCAGCUAUGGCGGUAGUGGAUAUGGUUAUGGACUCAGAGAGAAUCCGAAGAAAACAAAGAGUUUUGUGGAUGCCAAUCACAACAAGUUAUGUAAAGAAUGUGGAAAAGGUUUUCCAUCGCUUAAGGCUCUCUGUGGUCACAUGGCUUGUCACUCAGAGAAAGAAAGAGGAACCAAUUCCAAUUCCAAUAACAGGUUUCAGUUUGAAUCCAAUUCUGGGAUUAGUGAGAAGCAGAAAUUGCUUAUGGAUAGUCAUUCUGAUACUGAAACCUCUGUUCCAAUUAGGAGAUCCAAGAGGAUGAGAUUCAGGAACCUCUCCAAAAACAACCGCAAACCUUUUUGUUCUUCUUCUUCUUCUUCUGUGUCUGAGGUUGAGCAGGAGCAAGAAGAGGUUGCUAGGUGUUUGAUGAUGCUGUCCAAGGAUAACACCUACAAGGGUCGAUUCGUGCUUUUCGCUGAGUCGUCCGAUAACAAGUCGAUUGUUCUUGAGGGGAAAUCGCCUUCUGUUGACACCUACAAUAAGGUUAUGGUUGUGGAUCAUGAGAAGAAUCAACACAAGGGUGCUGAGAUUGGUUAUAAUUCGGACAAUUCGGAUUCAGGCUAUUUCAGAUAUGGUCCCAAGAAGAAUGUAGAUUCUGAUGAUGAUGAAGUUAACAACAAUGUUGAUUCGAGGAGUGGUGUAAGAAGCAGAAACAAUUCCUUGUUGAAGAAAAUGGCAGCAGCCAACGAUUCUUCGAGCAAGAAGAAUAACAAACCAAAUGGCAUUACCGGUUUCGGUGACAAGCAUUGGAAGGUUGAGUCUUUCACAACUGAAGAUUUCUCUGCAUUCGUAAGCGAUGAGUUUAAUAACAACAGCACAGACACUGAUUCAUACCCUGCAGCAGCUGCUAAUGCAUCAAAAUCUCGCAGCAACAAGAAGAUCGAUGAGAACAACAAGGGUAAGACUAAGAAAAAGAGUAAGAAGAAGAAGAAGUUGAAGUCAAAGAAGAACAAGGAACAUGAGUGUCCAAUUUGCAACAAAAUGUUUAGGUCAGGACAGGCAUUGGGGGGUCACAAAAGAUCACAUUUUGUUGGAGGAUCUGAAGAGAACACACUGGUCAUUAGGCCAGCUCCUGCUACAGUUGCUCCAUGCCUAAUUGAUCUCAAUUUACCUGCUCCUGUUGAUGAUGCACCUUUUUGAAUCUCACAAACUUUUUUAGAUUGCAUUAUUUUGGUUAGGAAAUAAUUGAUUUGAGAAUUAUAUUAUUCUCUUUAUCAUUGAUUCAAUUGGUGUUGAGAAUGUUUCUCUUUUCAUGUUAGCGGCGGAAAUGUUGAAAACAUUGCUCUACUAAUUCAAUUACAUGGUUAGUCUAUAAUAUUUACUC